AUGGGAGUUUGCUGGCGUCACAUCGGGAUUGUGCUUGGCUGCUCCUUUUGUGGUAUUGCAUCCCGUGUCGCUUUGGCCGUUCGAGGCUCUCGGUACUCAAGAAGCAACAGGGAGGGGAGCAAGGAGACCGAUGUUUUUGACGGGGAGGCAAAAGAGCAGAUCAUCCGUCUCGAGGUAUUUUCUACUGACAUGCUGGUUAAUACAUCGAGCACGGGUACUGCAGACCUAUCACCAGAGACUCAACCCUCGCAAAAGUGCCUGACGACCUAUGACGAAUCUGGCAACCCAAGGGUAUGGGCUCAAUUCGACAGCAGUACAAAUGAAGAAUGA